UAGCGUGGUAACAUCAAACAUCAGUUGAUGCUUAGUUGUGAACGUGACAAGGACAGUAUUUCAUAAUUUUAUCUCAUUGAUAAAAGUUAAUUGAGUGGACGUAAAAAAGAAAAUCAAAGCUAAAAAAAAUGGAAAAUGAUAAAAAUGAAGUGAGGUACAAUAAGGAUGAACUUUCUCCACCUGAUUUCCUCAAUGAGGAUUAUUUUCGAAAAGUUCUGCAGAAGGAAGAAAAUGACGAAGCUCUCAUGAUCAGAGAUUUCAAAGUCAUCCCCGGAACUAAGCCAGGUGAUCAUUUCGCCAGUAUUAUGUUCAAAGCUAUUGUUUCUUAUACGACUAAAGGGAAGGAAGUUUCGGAGAGAUCUCUCGUUGUGAAAACAAUGCCAAUUGAGGAUGGUAUGAAAAAGGAUCUUCUCCAAGAAAUGCCAAUUUUUGAGAGAGAAAUCAAGAUGUAUACGAAGGUUCUGCCUGAAAUGAAAAGGAUUAUGGAAUCAAUUGGAGAUUAUGAAAAGAUUUCACCAAAAAUAAUCUAUUAUUGCGAAGAUCCUCCUGUUCUUAUUUUUGAAGAUAUUUCAAAAAUUGGUUUUACAAUGAGCCCCGAUCUAUUUGAUUUCGAAAAUACCAUAAAGAUCGUAAAGAAAUUGGCUAAAUUUCACGCUCUAUCCUUUUACAUGAAUGACAAUAAAUAUUCCUAUGAUCUUCAACUUCCGGAAUGCACAGGGGUGCUGUUGAAUGAAAAAUCAAUUGAUAAAAUUAAGGUUUUCUUCGCGGGACUCGAAACGUUGAAGAAGUUCAUAAAAACCUGGCCAGGAUAUGAGGAAAUUGCUGAGAAAAUUGAAAAUAUCACUCCUGUUUUCACGCAGAGGUUGCUGAAUUCAUAUAAACCCAACCCCGAACCAGGAUUCAACGUUCUCUGUCACGGAGACUUCCAUCUGAGGAACAUGAUGUUCCUAAUGAAUGGACAGGAUAUCAAUGAGAUAUUCUUCCUGGACUUUCAAUUAUGCUUCUGGGCAUCACCGGCGAUUGAUUUAUUCUACGUUAUGUACUUACUGGGAAAUGCUGAUGUGAGACGAAGACAGGGCGAGGUUCUCAUGAUUUAUCAUACCGCUCUAACCGACUACCUAAAUCGCAUAGGAUGCCUGAGGAGAGGCCCUACCUUGUUGGACAUAAACAUCGAUAUGCUGAGGCUUGGAAGUAUGGAAAUUCUUUUGGGAUUAUGCUUCCUGCCGGCAUUUUUGCUCGAUCCAGCGGAAAUGGACUUGGAAGCUCUUGCAAAUCCAACUCCGGAAUCCAUUGAAACGUAUUACAAUACUGUUUAUGGAAAUCCCAAAAUAACUGAAAUUUUGAAGGAAAUUAUUAAAUUUCUUUUGUACAAAGGAAUUCUGGAUUAAAGCUUUUUGAACAAUUUGCGGAAUUAGAUUAAAUGAAAAAUAAUUCAUUUGUAUUUUUUUUUCUCUUCGAAUAAAAAAAAAGUUAAGAAAUAAAAAAAUAGAAGAUUUCCUAAA